UUCUCCUCGUGAUGACAGCAAGUGACAGUCCAGUUCGCUCCUGCAGCACCCAGUGAGAGACGGCCAACCACAGACAAAACAAUUUCUCGAGGUUGAUUAAUCUCAUGAUCCGCUGUGGUUGAUAGUACUGUGAUACAACAUCACAUACCAUUUAAGUUUGCCUGUGAGAGCUGGUGAAGAUGGUGAAGCCAGACAUUCAUACUCUGGCCCACCACCUGAAGCAAGAGCGACUUUAUGUGGCAUCAGAGAAGCAGCUGAUCCAGCGACUCAACAGCGAUGUCCUUAAGACAGCUGAGAGGCUAUACAGGGCUGCGUGGAUUGCCAAGCAACAGCGGAUCAACCUCGAUCGGCUCAUUAUCACCAGUGUGGAAGCCUCACCAGCUGAAUGCUGCCAACAUGCCAAAACGCUGGAAGACACGCAGUUUGUUGAUGGCUACAAGACUCUUGGCUUCAAUGAGACCAUCUAUGGUGAAUUCCUGGCCCGGUUGAGGGAGAACCCCAGACUGGUGGCAUCAUGCCUAGUGGCAGGGGAAAGGCUGAACCAGGAGCACACUCAGGGGGUCAUCCACACCGUCUUCACCUCACUUUAUGGCAACUGUAUCAUGCAGGAAGAUGAGAGCUACUUGUUACAGGUGUUGCGGUACCUCGUAGAGUUUGAGCUAAAGGAGAGUGAGAACCCACGGCGGCUAUUGCGACGAGGCACAUGUGCCUUCAGCAUCCUUUUCAAGCUCUUCUCUGAGGGCUUGUACUCAGCCAAACUCUUCCUAACUGCCACCCUCCAUGAACCCAUUAUGCAAUUGUUGGUGGAAGAUGAGGACCACCUGGAGACAGACCCAGCCAAAGUGACUGAGCGCCUGACUCGAGUCCAGCAGGAGCGCUUUGGAGAGAAGGGCUCUGAGGGGUACAGACAAAGAGUACAGGCAGCUGUUGAGACCAAUGAGGCAAAGCUAGUUGCUCUGGUCAACAAAUUUAUUGGUUAUUUGAAGCAGAACACCUACUGCUUCCCUCAUAGCCUGCGAUGGAUUGUGUCGCAGAUGUACAAGACACUGUCAUGCGUUGAAGGUCUUGAGGUGGGAGAGGUGCGUACCAUGUGUACCGACCUGCUGCUGACCUGCUUUAUCUGUCCAGCAAUUGUUAACCCGGAACAGUAUGGUAUCAUCUCAGAUGCCCCCAUUAAUGAAGUGGCCCGCUUCAAUUUAAUGCAGGUUGGCCAGCUUUUACAGCAGCUGGCGAUGGCUGAUGAUGAUGCAGACCCCAGACGAAAAAGUUGUUUGUCCAAAUUUGAUCAAAGUUGUGUUGCUGCUUUUCUGGAUGUCGUGAUUGGUGGAAGAGCAGUUGAAACACCACCCAUGUCCUCAAUGAACCUUCUGGAAGGCCUAAGCAGGACUGCAGUCUAUGUUACGCAUCAUCAGCUGAUAGCAUUGGUGGAUUUUGUGCGUCGGGUGAUGGCCGGAGAUCACCUUAGGGAGGAGGAGCACAUGGCCCUGGAAACCCUGCUGGCCAAUGUGCCCCAAUCGCAAACUGGGAAGAGCAGCAGUCUGGAACUUACCCCUUCCAACACCCCCCAGCUCUCCCCUGCUAGUACUCCUGCUAAUAAGAAGAACCGACUCCCCUUAGGACAACACUUAGCCGCUCUAACGUCCUGGGACUCUACAACCACCUCCUUGUCGGCUCAUAUUCCAUUAGUAACCCCAUUUGCAGCUGCUCGAAGCCGUAGCCGUACCAACAUAGCCCAGGAGGGGGAAGCAGAGGCUAGCUCCCAAGAGUUGUUGCAAGAUCUGAUGCCAGAAGAGGUGCUUGUAAUAUCGUUUGGAAAUGGUCCUCAGACUAUCCCUGGAAUGAUGUCAGAGAAUGAGGUUUUGAACUUGCAGAUGGCUGAUGCUGCACAAGGCGACAGCCAUGCAGACGAUACAAAGCUGCAUGGUAAACCAGACAAAACUCUUCGCUUUUCACUCUGCAGUGACAACUUGGAAGGCAUCUCUGAGGGCCCAUCCAAUCGUUCCAAUUCAGUGUCAUCUCUUGACCUGGAGGGAGAAUCUGUUUCUGAGCUGGGAGCUGGACCCUCAGGAAGCAACGGGGUGGAGGCUCUGCAGCUUUUGGAGCAUGAACAAGCUACCACUCAGGACAACUUGGAUGACAAACUGCGCAAGUUUGAAAUCCGAGACAUGAUGGGCCUGACAGAGGAUCGGGACAUCUCUGAGACUGUCAGUGAGACCUGGAGCACUGACGUGCUUGGCAGUGACUUUGACCCCAACAUGGAUGAAGAUCGGCUGCAGGAAAUAGCAGGGGCAGCUGCCGAGAACAUGCUCGGCAGCCUGCUGUGCCUCCCAGGAUCCGGCUCAGUCUUGUUGGACCCCUACGGCUCCACGAUCUCAGAGACCACCAGUGAGGCAUGGAGUGUGGAGGUCCUGCCAAGUGAUUCAGAAGCCCCAGAUUUGAAACAGGAAGAACGACUGCAGGAGCUUGAGAGCUGCUCAGGGGUUGGUAGCACCUCGGAUGAUACAGAAGUCCGGGAGGUCAGCUCGAGACCAAGCACUCCUGGCCUCAGUGUCGUCUCGGGUAUCAGCGCAACCUCAGAGGACAUCCCCAACAAGAUAGAGGAUUUGCGCUCAGAGUGCAGCUCAGACUUCGGGGGAAAGGACUCUGUGACCAGUCCAGAUGGGGAAGAGUCAGGCCACGGAGCGCACCAUCUGACUUCGCCAGCCUCACAAACUGAGUCUUUAUUGGUCAUGUUCGAUCCGCUCUCCUGUGGUGAAGGUUCCACCACUGGGACAAUAGUGAGGCCUAAGGUGCACUAUGCCAGGCCUGCUCACCCACCCCCAGAUCCCCCUAUCCCUGAAGCCAGUGCUCUUGGGCAGGAGACGCGCCACUCUCUCAUCAUGCCCCACAGCUUGGCUCAGGCUGAGUUUGAGCACAACAAGCAGCGCCACUCCUUCCCUGACCGACUGGUCCGUAGUCGCAGCUCUGACAUUGUUUGCCCAGGCCGGCGACCCACGAGUGACCCUGGGCUGAAUCGUCGUGUUCCAGUUGAAGAGCGUGACUCUGCCGGAGCCGUUGCUUUAGGGCCAUCUUCGUCGCCCAGCAAGGACUCCUUGAAAGGAGAGGCUGAAGACAGAAAAGACAGUGAUGAUGAGAAGUCUGAUCGUAACAGGCCAUGGUGGAAGAAGCGUUUUGUGUCAGCCAUCCCAAAAGUGCUGUAUUGGACGGCUGAGAGUGACGUCCCAGCUCCUAUAGCUGCAUUUCGAAAACGAGACAAGCAUGAGAAAGAUGAUAUUGCUCCGGAGCGAAUCCCACAAGAUGACCCUAUGCCCAGACAAAAUUCCCAAGUCCAAGUAGCAGAAGACAUCCUGGACAAGUACCGAAACAUAAAGAGGACCAGCCCGACUGAUGGAGCCACAGCAGGAGCGAUUUAUGAAGAUCUUUGUGUGGAGGAAAGUGUUCAUGACUCUCCAAGAGAAGAUGCUCUGCAGAACAUUUCUGCUGAUGACCUCCCAGAUUCAGCCAGUCAGACAGCCCAUCAGCAUGGCUCAAAGUUCUCUUUUAGUGAUGCCAAGAAAAAGUUGCGGCUGGCAUUGUGUUCUGCAGACUCGGUGGCUCUGCCAAUUCUGACCUCUACAACCACUAGAAAUGGGUUGCCUGACCAUAUGGACCCUGAAGACAAUGAGAUCGUGUGCUUCCUAAAGGUCCAGUUAGCAGAGGCCAUCAACCUUCAGGACAAGAACCAGAUGGCGCAGAUCCAGGAGACUUCACGUUGCGUCAGCCGUUUCGACCCUCGCACCUGUAGGAAGCUGCUUGCCGCCAUUGCGGAAGAUUACAGAAAACGAGCGCCGUACAUAGCCUAUUUAACGAGAUGCCGCCAAGGUCUGCAGACCUCCCAGGCCCAUCUGGAGAGGCUCCUCCAGAGAGUUUUGAGAGACAAGGAGGUAGCCAACCGCUAUUUUACCACAGUGUGCGUUCGCCUCCUUCUUGAACACAUGGAGUCCAGGAUGCUUGACUUCAUCAAGGCGUUCCAAGUGUGCACAGCAGCAGAUGACAAGACUGCAGCGGUGGAGGAUUUUCUGCGCUACUUGUACGGCGCCAUGGCCCGUGAUGCCAUUUGGCAGUAUGCGAGUGAGGACCAGCUGCAGGAUGCCCAGAUGGCCAUCGAGCGCAGCGUUAUGAACCGCAUCUUCAAGCUGGCUUUUUACCCCAACCAGGAUGGAGACAUUCACAGAGAUCAGCUUUUUCACGAACAUAUCCAGCGGCUGACCAAAGUCGUGACUGCUAAUCAUAAAGCGCUUCAAAUACCAGAGGUUUACUUGAAGGAGGCGCCCUGGCCCUCUGCACAAUCUGAAAUCAAGACCAUCAAUGCUUACAAGACACCCCGAGACAAAGUCCAAUGUAUACUGCGCAUGUGUUCCACCAUCAUGAACCUUCUCAGUCUGGCUAAUGAAGACUCUGUGCCCGGAGCUGAUGACUUUGUUCCCGUGCUCGUCUUUGUCCUCAUCAGGGCAAACCCGCCUUGCCUGCUGUCCACCGUUCAGUACAUCAAUAAUUUCUACGCCAGCCGGCUGAGUGGGGAGGAGUGCUAUUGGUGGAUGCAGUUCACCGCGGCGGUGGAAUUCAUUAAGACCAUCGACGAUCGCAAGUGAAGCAGAACAGCCACCUGUAUGGGCAGACUGUGGGGGAAGGAGCCGGGAGACUGGGAACCUUCCCAACCAACUGCUCCCUCAAUGCACAGCAUUUGAAACCUGGCCCUCAACCUGCUCGUCGUGUGUAUAGCUUGUACAUAGCCACAGACGCUCAAAGAUUACAGAAAAAAAGUAUAUAUAUAUACAGUAUAUAUAUAUAUAUUUCUGUGCGUAUGUGGACAAAUCCAGGUUUUUGCCGUGGUGGGAAAACUGCAAUGGGGAAAGUUGCAACCUGUUAACCUUGACCUUGAUUUGGUUUUUGCAUUUUAUAUUUUUGUCUCGCAAGUCAUGUUUCAUAUUUUGGUGUAUGUAUUCGGAUUUUUAUAUAUAGGCAGUUAGACAAAUCCAACCUUAAAUGAUAAACCUCUUCCAACCUAAAUGAUAAAAUUAUUUAAAGGGACCAGAAUUAGUUUGUGUGAUUGUCUCAUUUUAUUAUUGCCCCCCCGAGAGUGAGAGUAAAUUCGUUUCAAUUACUUUCUAUUAAAUUGAAUAUUAGAAGCACUGUAACUGACGAUGAGAUUCAGUGACUCCCACCAUCGUGGAUUCUCAUUAACCUCCCACUCUAUUCCAAAUUACAUGGCAGCUUUUUUAAGGUCAAUCUCAACUCAAAUGUGUGUCGAUUGAUAAUUUGGACACAAGGGCCCACGUGUUAAUUUUAUGCUUCCAUGUAAUUCUUUAACUCACAAAUUUAAACAUGCAUAUCAUGCCCAUUUGUGAGGCAGAAAAGCUUUUAUGAUAAACGUGAAGAAAAAAAAGGUGAGGAAUGCACCUGAGCGGUCCUGCCUUGGGAAUGCUGAGCGAUGAGGAUAUACAGGGUCGGCUUGUGGCGUUAAAGACACUGUAUAUUGAAAAUAGUGCCUUUAUUUGGGGCGCCCUGAACAGUUUACAAUGGGUUUUCUGCAUAGACCUGCCCCCACACCAGCGCAAGUGCGCACACGCGCUCUUCACCGGGCCAACUACAUUCAGCACAUCUUUCACAUGUUACUGAUUGCCAGGACUCAGUCACUUUAAUGCACUUGAAUUUGAGCAAAUGCCCUUCUUCGAUAUUAGCAUUGUUAUCUGCCUGCUCACACCAACUGCUAAAUAGGUGAAUUACACAACUAAAUCACUUCUGUGGAAUCAAAGCCUUCCCUUAGAGUUGCAAUUUGGAGUUGUCCAGCAUUUUUCUUAUUUUAAGUGAACAAAGCCAUUUUAUUUCUCAUCUGCAGGAUGCCUGAGAAGUAACGUUAUUGCCUGAUUGGAACGCAGCUCUCUACCUCCUUAUGCAUUCAAGAAAGGGACUGGCAUUUGUGCACUUAUUUAUUUUCCUCUGGACGGUUCAGUUUUUGUGCACUGAUGUGCCAUUAGUUGACUUUCCGUUAAUGAGCUGACAGCACAAUGCACAUUAGAUAGGGAGAGCAAAUACUCAACACUGUUCACUGGUUACUGCCUUUCAGUUAAUGCUAUGCCGUUUGUGUGUAUCCUUUGGGCCCUCCAAUGGGCAUGUGAGAGGGGCGGGGAUGUCAUUGGUUGAAACACUGGCCCCUCGUGCAUGUAGUCAGAGUGGUCUGCAUAUUUUUAGUCGAUAUAAAAGAGUCUCGACUUGCAACAGGCCAGUAAGUGACCCUGCCAGAAAAUGCGAAACCCUUUUCUUUGCUUUGUUGAAACUAUAACUUAUUUUGCACAAAACACAUGUUCCCAAAAUAAAUUGGCAGGGAAUAGUCCAUUUUGAGACCUGACUGUUACUUUCAAUGUGAGCUUGUACAGUUUCAGUCUACUAGUCGCUCAUGAACCUUGCGUACACUUCCCCCCCCGCACCCCCUGCAUCGGUAAUCCAUUCCAGAAGAACCAUCCACUGGAAAAUCAGCUUAUAUGUUGCAAGUGGGUUCAUGGGAAACGCGCUGCACACAUCUACAGAGCAGCUAUUGUAUAAAUGACAUAAUUCUGGAUCAAAAUAUAUAUAUUUGGGAAAAAAAAUACCCAACCAUCUUUUUAACUCAUGUUCUUAAAAAGCUUUAUUGCUCCGCUUCCUGUGCAAUCGCGCUGAAUGGCUGGCAGAGAGAAAAGAAAGACACCUUGCAUCUAAUUUGAAAAAUGUAAGCUUGCUCACCUGUGAAAUGCAGGGACAGUCGGUUUGUCUUUACUGUGAUUAAUCCGUUAUGUAAUUCUUUAGAAACAAUAAAAGAACAUGGUGUUUUCCCCUUA